GGUUUUUUUUUUUUAAAGGUUUUCUAGAUGCCUUCUUGAGCCUGCUUGUGACCACCCACAGACACUUGUAAGAAGGAAAGAAGUCAGCUUGCCAGAGACACUGUGAAAUGAGGGAUUAGAGUCCGGGAUCCAAGAAACAAGAGCAGCAGCCAAAAGACGAGCGAACGGGCUCCGAAGAGACUUAUACUGAGAGGUCUGCCAUGGCCUCCCUUGGCGUCCAACUGGUGGGUUACAUCCUAGGCCUUUUGGGGCUCUUAGGCACAUCGAUUGCCAUGCUGCUUCCCAACUGGCGAACAAGUUCUUAUGUUGGUGCCAGCAUCGUGACAGCCGUUGGCUUUUCCAAGGGCCUCUGGAUGGAGUGUGCUACGCACAGUACGGGCAUCACCCAGUGUGAUAUCUACAGUACACUUCUAGGACUUCCUGCCGACAUCCAGGCUGCCCAGGCCAUGAUGGUGACAUCCAGUGCUAUGUCCUCACUGGCCUGCAUUAUCUCUGUGGUGGGCAUGAGAUGCACAGUGUUCUGCCAGGAAUCUCGAGCUAAGGACAGAGUGGCUGUUGUGGGUGGAGUUUUCUUCAUCCUCGGCGGCAUCCUGGGUUUUAUCCCAGUUGCCUGGAAUCUUCACGGCAUCCUUCGGGACUUCUACUCACCACUGGUUCCUGAUAGCAUGAAAUUCGAGAUUGGAGAGGCUCUUUACUUGGGCAUUAUUUCAGCCCUAUUCUCCCUGGUGGCUGGAGUCAUCCUCUGCUUUUCCUGCUCUCCUCAGGGGAAUCGUACCAACUACUACGAUGGCUACCAGGCCCAGCCUCUUGCUACUAGGAGCUCUCCAAGGCCUAGCCAACAGCCCAAAGCCAAGAGUGAGUUCAACUCCUACAGCUUGACUGGGUGGGGACCAGAAACGGACUUUUCCCCCACCAGCCUAUUAUCAUCAGCUUCAGAAGAUGCCCAGCACACCUCGUCCAAACCUCAGUGCCAGCCAGGGAGGCCCGUCCAUGAGGUUUCCUCUAACACGCCUUUCCUUUUUCUACGGUGUUACCUAUGUUCAAGCUGUUUUACCAACAUGGAAGCCAUUUCCUCUUCAGAUCCCAUGCCUGGAGAACUUGCUCGGCAUCACCUCCUUCAAUGAGCCUUCUCUGACCACUCCUUCCUGCUCGUACCGCUCCCUCCUCAAAUUCCCCAAUAUAUAAAUCGCUUAUUAGUUAUAAUUUUGAUUGAUAACUAGAUAGUCCUCGAAUGUGCACGUGUGUGUGUGUGUGUGUGUGUCUGUCUGUCUGUCUGUCUGUCCAUCUGUGUGAUAUCAAACGUUCACUGUAAGUACUUGGAGGGCUGUUGUUAUAUCUUAGACCUGUCUGUAUGUAUACCCGAGUGUCACAGUGCUGGGCACACACAAGAUGAUCAAUAAAUGUUUGUUGAUUGA